AUGGGUGCGAAAAGAAAGAACGAUGAUUCUCUGGCCGGCGCAGACGAACCAGGCAAGAAGAAGCGAAAAGGAUUUUCUGUUGGACCAGCCAAUCUACCAGAUGGCACCUACAGACGGAAAGCACAAAAGAUCAAAAAGGACCUCAUCCAGAAAGCCAAAGUGAAGAAGGCUUACGCUAAAGUCAAGGCGCAGGAGGAAGCUGCACACGGCACGUCAUUGACAGAGCGGCCGGACGGCAGCGCACGAGAUGAGCCCACAGAUGCUACACCUGCGAGCCUUGAACUACAUCCAGACCGACAAGCUAUGGUUGACGCUGCAGAGACACGAGGGGUGGAGCGACCGGAGCUAGAAUCUCAAGAAAAUCAAUACCAAAACGCCAGAAGCCAGCCUCGUCAGCGCAGACCAAAGGAUUCACGCUACAAAAAAGAGUUGGAAUUAGCCACUCAACACAAGGCAAAUAUUGAGGCAAAGCAGAAAGCCAGGGAAGCGAGGGAAAAGGAACGCAAGGCCAUGACUAAGGCAAAACGACCUGGACAAGAUGGAAAGGUGAAACUAGGCAGGCAAGGGACGGUCUUGUUGAGCCGAAUACAGAGAAUGACCCAAGAGGGCAAGAUCUGA